UGGCUUCUGAGGGUUUUGGGAAACCUCCUUGUCCGGGAAUUUGAAGCUCAUGAGUUCUGCAGAUUCUACAUUUCGGAGCUGUUCGCAAUCUUAGAACCAAGAAUUACGAUGUACAAUGUGUGUAUGUCCUUGACAAUCGCAUGAGAUUCUGUUUGCUCGUGCUUUCACAAGUAUUGCAUUGUUCUGAUUUCGUAGACGUAUUUGGAGGUCUUUCGGAUUCUCAAUCUCCAGAACUGGAGUUGGAUUCAAGACUUAGGCUCCAUGGAAAUAGACGAGUUUAAUACGGGCUUGCAUCAUUCUGGAGAAGGAUCUUCUUCUCUGAUGACGCCAGAUGUGAGUCCAGACGAGAGAAAUUUGCCUCAUCGAAAGCGUAGCUUCAUGCAGAUGCUGAUUGACAACCCCAAAGAGAGCCUGGAUUCUGUUGAGGUUGAUGAAAUCGGAGCAGUUGAUGAUAUGGAUCACGAUGGUAUGGACCACGACCAAGAAGACGAGGCGUAUGGUCUGGGGAUGCAGGAGUUAGAGGGGGGUGAUGCAGAAGAUUUAGGAGCUAGCGAGAGGGAGGAGGAAGAAGAGCGAGGGCAGCCAGAACCUGAGGCGGAAGCGGAAAUUGAAAGAGAUGCAGAAGAUGAUGAAUACAAUCUUGUGUUUGAAGAUGAAAUGGACCCACUAAGAUUUGCAGAAGAGGAUGAGAAUGGAAAAUUGCCUUAUGAGCAGUUCCAGCGGCUCGAGUAUGAGGCACUUGCUGCACGCAAGCGUAAAAAUCUGGCUACAAGAUCGACAGAGACUGUCCAAGCAAAAAUAACGAAGCAACAAGAUAUAUUUGGCGCAAGCGUGGAUGAAAUAUGGGAUGCUGCAGGGUUUGGAGCACCCGGUCGACGACGUCGAAAAGGGCCAAAGAGGAAGGGGCGAAGGAGGAAGGCACCAGGAGGGCUCACUCCAGAGAUCAACAAGAAACUCGGGGAAGCUAAUCUUCUUUAUGCUACUGGUCAGUUCGACGAGGCAGUGGAGAUACUUAAGGAGGUUGUGCGGAUUGCGCCUAAUGUUGCAGAUUCGUAUCACACUUUGGGUCUUCUUUAUGAUGCCAAAGGUGAUCGUAAAAGAGCACUUAAUUUCUACAUGAUUGCUGCCCAUCUGACACCUAAAGAUAUAGUUUUAUGGAAGCGGUUGGCCUCCUGGUCGAUGGAGCUCGGGAAUCCAGGUCAAGUCAUUUACUGCCUGCAGAAGGCAAUGAGAGCAGAUCCUACCGACGUAGAUGCGAGGUGGGACUGUGCAUCUCUUUAUGCAGAGUUGAAUGAAUUUCCAAAGGCUAUAGAUUGUCUGGAACAACUUCUUGCUCUGCGUCCAGGUGAUGUGGAAAUCUGCAAAAUGGUUGCCAAGAUGCGACAAAAGAAUGGGCAGUCUGAACAAGCCACUCAGUUACUGGAGCAUUUGAUUGAGACAUAUCCAUAUGAAGCAGAUUUAUCGGCUGUGAACUUGUUAGCUGAACUACACAUGGCCAAUGGUGCUUUUGCUAUAACCAUUUCUUGGAUCGAUCGAGCCCGUGAGCUUUACUCUGCUGAUCAACCCCUCCCGUUAGACUUAUCUGUUAAAGCUGGAAUAUGUCAUGCCUACUUGGGAGAUUUGGAAUCUGCAGAGAGGAAUUUCGAAGGAUUGAGGACAGAGCAGGUAGACGAAUGUGCAGAUUUAAUCCUCGAAGUAGGGGAUGCGUAUUUGGCUCUCGGGGAACACAAGAGCGCACUUCGCUACUAUGAAUUGCUUUACGACAACAGUUCCUUCGAUGACGUCGUUUUGUGGCUCAAGUUGGCUCAGUGUCAUAUGGCUCUCGGUUCGAGUGCUGAUGCAAUUCGUGUAUACCAGCAAGUGAUCAAGGACAUGCCCCAGAACGUGGAGACGCGUCUAAGCCUUGCUUCAUUACUGUGCGACUCUGGAAGACAGAACGAAGCGAUUUCCUUGCUCGUUCCUCCGGAUUCAGUAAAUGACAUUUUUUCGGCCUGGAUUGUAGAUGCGACAGAGGACAUUACAACUGAUGCUGAUACACAAGCGAAGGAGCAGCCCUGGUGGAAGCAUGGCAAGGUAGUAGUUAAAUUGGCCAAUAUUUACUUGUCUCAGAGUCGCCUGACGGAAUUUGUGGAUACGCUUUUGCCUUUAUUGCAUGAAUCUCUGUACGUAGAAUCCCUCAACCAGAAAGUGUUUCAGAAGGGGAAGACCAGAAAACGAUUAAAUAAAACUAUUCUGGCCGAAAGAGUUCAAUGGUUGGAACAGCAACUUGAUGACCAAGUGUUUCAAGGUUUUCGGCCUGUCCUUUCACGGAAUGAUAUGACAAAAGCAUCAAGAGCUAGGAGGAUGCUGGCGAAGUGGGCUGCUGAGAAGGAGGAAAAGAAAGCUGCUGCCCUAGCUGCUGGCUUAGAAUGGGAUAGUGAUGAAGCAGAGCAUGAGCAUGAACCAGAACCAGUAGAAGAAGUGCAAAUUAAGGUGUCCCCACUACCAAAUUUGCUCAAAGAUGAGGAACACUACCAGCUUGUGUUACAAGUUUGCAAGGCACUGCUUUUGCUAAAGAGAUACUGGGAAGCGCUGGAAAUAGUUCACCAUAUUUUGCGAAUAGGCAGCCACCUUGGAAAGGUCAAAUGUGAUGAGCUCCGAGCCCUUGGAGCACAGAUUGCUUACAAGACCAAAGACGUCAAGUAUGGAUACGAUUGUGUACGAUACAUGGUACAACAAAGGCCCUAUAGCUUCAGUAUGUGGAAUGCGUAUUAUCAAGUGGUAUCAAGAUCAGAAGUAAGGCUAUCCAAGCACAGCAAGUACAUGCUUUCUGUGCGAGGUAAGUACCCAGAUUGUGUACCCGCAAUGGUUAUAUGUGGACACCAGUACGCUAUGAUAAGCCAACCCCAAGGUGCUCUUCGAGAGUAUUUACAAGCAUAUCAAGUUCAGCCAGAUGAUCCUUUUAUAAAUCUUUGCAUUGGUGUUUCUUUUAUCAACCUCUCUCUUGGGUUUCGUUUAAGCAACCGCAACCAGACAGUUCUGCAAGGAUUUGCCUUCUUGUACAAUUAUCAACGAUUAUGCAAGUUCAAUCAGGAAUCGAAUUAUAACCUGGCUAGGGCCUUUCACCAUGUUGGACUCGUCCAACUAGCUGUAAAUUAUUACGAAAAAGUGUUAAUACAGAGGGAAAAGGACUGUCCCCUUGUGUUGCUACCCACCGAGGGAUCAGGCUUCCUUCCUGUGCAAAAGGAUAAAGAUAAAUAUAUUGGUCAUUGUGAUCUGCGAAGAGAAGCGGCUCACAACCUGCACCUCAUCUACAAAAAAAGUGGAGCUCUGGAUCUGGCUCGCCAAGUUCUUAGAGACCAUUGUACUUUUUGAAAAUUACUAAAGUGAACGCUUCACAUUUAGUGCUCCAGGCAUGUGCUUGUGGAAAUUGGAUCCUGACAUGCACAGGAAGCUCUUGCCAUGUUAUUUGUUUUCCAGGAACUAUUUGACGCUGAUUGCUUGGUCGAUAAUUAGACAAUUCUUGUCUAAUAAAAUGCUAGCAUUCUCUCA